UAUACAUAAUCUUAUGAUUAAUCUUCUCCAUCAGUCGUAUUGCAUUCCUGUAUUUUAUUGAUUAACAUGCCGAAAUUUACCGACUUUAAAUGUUGGAUUCUCAUAUUAAUAAUAUCCGUUAAUGAAGGAUUAAUUGAAGGAAGAAUGAAUAUGAAAGCGGUAAACAAAGCAAUAAUCAAAAUCAUUAAGGUCGGACACGUAGAGACCAUUGAUUGUUAUGAUAUUUACAGACAACCUAGUCUUAACCAUCCUUUGCUUUGUAAUCAUACGAUACAGAUGAGACCAACGUUGAACCCAAAAGGAACAAAAGCAGACAUUUCGGGAACACUUGAACUUACACAAACUUGGCAUAAGUGCGGAUCAUGUCCUGAAGGAACUAUCCCUAUUCGGAGAAAAGGAAAAAAUUAUAAUCCCACAAUUUUGCGCAAACAUCAUUAUGCAAGAUUAUCACCUUUUAAGACUCUUGUUACAUCAAAAUCAAACAACACUAUAGAUAACUAUAAUCUCCAUGAGUACGCUGUAAUUGGGGUGCUCGGUAAUUUUCUUGGAGCGCAAGCAAAAAUAAAUAUUUGGACACCGUUUACUGAAGCACAUGAAAUGAGUAUAUCCCAAAUUUGGGUUUUUUCUGGUGAAGACAAAGAUCUCAAUACUGUUGAAGCUGGAUGGCAUGUGUACAAGGACAUGUAUGGUGACGACCAGACCAGAUUUUUCAUAUACUGGACAAUGGACGGAUACAGAUCGGGUUGCUACAAUCUCCUUUGCGAUGGUUUUGUGCAAACAACGUCAAAUAUCUCCCUUGGUUGCAAUUUCACAGAGGUAUCUACUUUCAAUGGUGACCAAAAAGAUGCCACCUUCAGUAUUCAAAAGGACCAAAGUAGUGGAAACUGGUGGGUAAAAUUACAAGGUAUUUCAGUCGGUUAUUAUCCAAGCGCUUUGUUCAAAGAAUUAUCAAGAACAGCAACAAAAGUAGAAUGGGGAGGAGAAAUCGUUAAUUUAAAAAAUAAAGGACAACAUACUUCGACUCAAAUGGGUAGCAGCCAUUUCCCUUCUGAAGGUGGUUUGAAGACAUCGAGUUAUUUUAAUUGGGUUCAAGUAUUUGAUGAAAAUAACAUGAUCAAGGACCCUGAAAAUGUUAGGAAAAUAGCUACGAAUCCAAACUGUUAUAAUUUGAAAAUUGACAAAUAACAUUAUGGUACAAAUGGUUAUGGUUUUUAUUAUGGAGGUCCCGGUUAAAAUGAUAAAUGCCAAUAAUUAAAUAUAUAUAGCCCUUUUGUCCCAUAAAAAGUGAAGCUUUUCCUUUUUAAAAGUGAAUGUUUUGGUGAUAUA